UGUGUGUAGUUGAUAUAAGUUGAAAUCAUAACUAAAAAUACAACUCUUCAGUUUUUCUUAUUUGUACAAAUUUGAGAUAAAAAUGGCGGGUAGUUAAAAUAUGUAGUGGAAGCAGCAGGAUGUUUAUGUUCGGUUGGAAUAUUCAGUGCGUAAUAAUGCGAAUUCAUACAUAAUGGUGAAACAAAAAUUAAGAAAAAAUGAACCUGAUUCAAAACAUAGCGGGAGUGAUUCUGCUCUUAAAACAAUUAAGAAACUUCCAAACAAAUCUAUUUCGUUGCUGGAUCAACGUGUAAUUCAGCCAACCCGCCGGAGCUCUAGAAACUUACGCGCUGCUGGAAAUGAAAUUUUAAAUUGCGUUGUAGGAAGAAAAACUGCAACAAAUGACAAGAAUUCUCAAAACAGUAAAAUUGAUAACACAAAUUCUGAUGAACUUCCCAGAAGAAAUUUACGAACUAGAGCAUUAAACUUAAAUGCAUACACUAAAGAAAAAAUAAAUACUAAAACGUCGAUUUUAUCAAAAACAGUCGGCCAAAUUAUUGAAGCUAAACACAAUGAAAACCAAAAUGUAGAAAAACAAGUUGGUGAAAUUUUAUUGCAGCAAGUAAAUGGAUGGAAAUGGCCGAAAAGAAAAUGUGUAGUUAAACUAAGAAGGCUAUCUCUCAAAACUAUAGAUAAUCAUAGGAGAGAAAAACAUAAAUCAAGGCAGACCGAGAACGCAAAGAAGCAGUCGAAUACGGUGACAUCAAAUAAUAAAAAUUGUCUGUUAGAAAAGGAAUCUCAAAAUCAAAAUUCGAUUUUAGAAAUUGAAAUAACUAACACCGAUCGGUCAAACUUUAAGAAGCUAAGUAUUUCAAAGCAAUCAGAACCCACAUUUCCAAUUGAUCAGAAUGAAUUUGCACCCAAAAAUAAUAAAAAUGAAGAGAAAAUUCCAAAAUCGAAAAAGUUGAAACAAACAGAAAUAGUUAAUGUGUUAAAUACAGAGCAACAAUAUGUAGUUCCAUUUAAAUCAAAAGCAAUCAAUGAUGUAAAUUAUGUAGACAUUUGUUCAGACGAUGAAUGGUGUACAAAGGAUUUCGAACAAAUUAAUAACAAUAACGAGACUACAAGUUUAAAACAUCGUGGUAAAUUUUUUCAUAAAGCAAAUAUUCCAAAUGAAUUCAAAGAUUGUAACGAAGGUGUAGUAGUAAUAAAUCAAGAAAAGUCAAAAAAUAAUUCAAAAAACAAUGUUUAUGAAUUUUUGUCACUUACACAAAGCUCUGAAUCUGAUAGUGAUCCUGCUGCUGAAGUUAUUAAUAAACUAAUCACUGAAGGAAAGGUUCAACUAGCGAAUAAACGUAAGAAUAAAAAAGUUAUUAAACGUAUUAAGACGACAAAGGUUGGAGAAAAAAAACGGAAAGCACCUUCCAAAAAAAAAGUUAAAUUUGCAAAUAAAGUUAAAGCUCCAAAUUUAGAAAUUGUUGCACCUGUAGACAGCUGUCCACCUCCCAUAGAGAUAUUACCACAAGAAAUUGAUGACUUUAACAACGAUGUCCAUUCGGAUAUAGAUGUGCAAUCCCAUAUUGAAGAUAAAAAAUCUUCGCAUGAUAAUCCAGGAACGUUUAGCAGCUUAGCACGUAGGGUCAUAAUGCAACAAGCUGAUAAAAAUCGUCAAAAUAAGCAAAUGCUGUUAGAUAUGGCCAAGAAAUUUGUUAGUACUCCUAUUAACAAGCAGACUGUACCAAAUCGAGAGAGUCAUUUAUCACCAAUUUUUAAACCACCUACCCCAAUGCAUAGUCCAAAACCAUGGCGUGUCAUAGAUCCAAAAUUACCUUCUUUACUUGAUUUUAAUAGAAGCUCUGGUAAUUUACCAUCAUUUUCCAGUUUUCACAUUCCAAAGAGUCCUAAAAAGAAUAUGGAGCGAACAAAGCAGCAACAUUUAAAUUUGGAAAUCGAUUCGUUGGGUGAAACUAUGAAAAAUAAUAAGAAUGCAACUCAUUUGGAAACACCAAAUUCUGCAAAUAAAUCGCAAAACUGCAUUUCUAUUCCACAAACUAUAGUAAUAAAUGCAUCGAAUUCUUUAUCAUCUUUUUCUUCAAAUGAUUCUAACGGAGAAAAUAAACCUCCACCUCAAAAAAAGAACAAUAAUAAAAUCAUCGAUGAAAACUGUGAUAUAUUCAAUCUGCGUCAUAUACCGAAUCCUAGAAAAACAUUGUCUCAUCGUAGUCCUCUAAAAACUAUAAAUAUUUUAGAAGUUGUAGUGCUUCCACCGUAUAAACCUCAAAACUGUAAUACAGCUACAAUAGAAGAACACGUCAACAGUGAAACCAAAACAAAUGAUUGUUCAGAAAAAAGCAAUGAAAAUCUUUUUGGGUUUGAAAAUGAUAUUACUUAUCAACCUCAAAACUGUAAUACAGCUACAAUAGAAGAACAUGUCAAUAGUGAAACAAAAACAAGUGAUUGUUCAGAAAGAAACCAUGAAGAUCUUUUUGGGUUUGAAAAUGAUAUUACUUGUGAGGAAAUUCACAAUUCGAUAUGUCAUAAUAAUCUAAACAAUGCCAAUAAAAGCUUAAGUGAAAAAUUGCAAAAUUUGAAAAAAUGGCGCCCAAUAAAUAAUGAUGAACCGCACCCACAAUCUCAACCAAUCAAAGAAGUGUUUGAUGACUAUUUGGAUAGGCCAAAGCAACGUUGUAUAAAACAAAUGUUAUGUUCAACUUUUAUCGACUCACCAAAAUGUCUUCAGAAAAAAAGCCCUAAAGAUGGGAAAAUUGUCAAACAAAGUGUAAAAAACUCAGAAAAAACAAAAUCACAAGCUGAAGAAUCCAAUUUGUUCAAAGAUUUUGAGCCUGAAUGCACGUUUAAUCAAGAGGAUUCACAUCGUACUUAUAUUCGUCCUCUUAGGCAGAAACGAAAAAUUUGUAAAAAUUUUUUAAGGUAUCUUGAUAGUGACGAAUCUGGUGAAGAUGAGAAUAAUACCAGUCAGCACGAUGAUAUCAAUACAAAGAAGAAGCAAAAACGAAAGGAUAAUCCAGAAAAUCCUGAACUGAAAUCUUUCAUUAAAAGCUUUAAUGAAAUGUGUGAAGAAGUAGAAAACUACAAUAUUAAUAUUGAGAAUAUUUCAUAAUUUUAUUUUGUAAUCUUGUGUACAUUAUGUAUAUUUACUUCCAGUAUCACUUUUAGUUGUAAAACUGUUAUGUUGUAUGAAUUUUUAUUUUAUAUACAAUUAUAUU